CCUUAUAAAAGAGAGACAAAGUAAAGGUGCACCGAGCACGCCCUUAUUUACAUUCGGCCAUGGCGACUGCUCAUUACUGUUAGCGCGAGUUGCUGGCUCCUGCCUUUGUUUGUUGCCUCCUUCCAUUUUCCUCUAUUAUCGUACGACGGCGUCAUUGCCGGUAAACAGACACACAAAAACACAAAUCUUCCCCUUACUCUACCUCCCCAUGCUCUCGCACUCUCUUGGAGCCUCUGUCACAUUCACUCAUCUAAUGCCGCGACGGCGUUUUCCUCAGCAGCCCCAAAGCCAGCAGCGUGCUCGCGACCUGAGAGUUAUUCAUCAGACUUAUGACCUAGGUGAUGAACCACCUGAAGAGGGCACACCCGAGCACAAUGCGUUAAUGGAUUUGCUUGUUGCAACACCCGCUCCAAACCCUAUACAAUCUCAGCUAGACGAGUUUAGGCGAACCAUGGAGCGGCAGCUUGACGAGUUCAGGCAUACCAUGGAACAGCAGCUUAACGCCCUUACUCACCAGCUUGUCCAAGCUAGCAGUACUCGCGUUGACUCAACUGGUGUUUCCACCAAAUCCGAACCUAUCGCGCUCAUUGAAGAUCCGUCGUCUGGAGAUGGUCCUGGUCAUCUUGGUAGCCGGAAGAGACAAAUUAUCGUCGAUAGCGAUGAUGACGUGCCUCUCAUACGUCGUUUGCGCACUGCCCCCCGACCGAAUGAUAGAGUUGGGCAGCUGGACAGUGAUGGCGAUGCCGAUUCGGUGGUCUCCAGUGACAGUGAUAGCCCGGAUGCUCUACAUUCCAGACAGUGCAAGAAUGUCAAAGUCGCUCUGUCCUGUGGUAUGGUCCCAGCCAUUUCGACUCUGGGUUUCUCAUCAUCAGGUCUUUCGACCUCUGGUAUUCCGGUCGACGCUUCGAUCAUAUUUCCCGGCUGGAAAGAUUUAUCCGCCAUCGAUCACACCAAAGUCCCCGAGAUUCCUGAAACUCGCAUCUUGUAUGGUGUAGCCGGUCGAGGGCAGACUCAGAGUGUUCCCGCUCCCGAUCGUUCGGUUGUAAAAUCAUUCAAUUCGGCUUAUCAAAACCCGGAUUUCAUAAAAGCUGUUCAGUUCUGGGCUUGGGCACUGGCUCGCUCUACCGUUUCUUUGAAGCCGUGGCAUCAUCUCGCCCGUGGGCCCGCUGGAUCUGUGCUAGUGAGCGUGGUGGGGAAUCCAAGUGUAAGACGUGCAGACAUUGCAUAUGUAGAUAGUCACACAUCACACACAACAGUGUCCUGUUGAGCGCAUUUGACGUAGUAACGUAUACGACGUCCCAACGAUCCAGUUGAGAUGUACAGAUUUGUAAUGUUAAGGUUAAGAACUAUAGUACGCUCAUUGUCCUCUAAUAUAAAAAAAAGAGCAGAGUUCUUACAAGGCUUUCUACUUCUAUUAACCCUUGCUAUAGCACCUACUCUGACACCUACACUGCGUGACAAACCCUUCAAAAUCAACGCCAAUACGCUCAGCGCCGAGCUUGAAAGAUUCGAAACAGUGUCCUGUCAGAUCAAAAUGAAAACUAUUUCUUUAGUUACA